CCACAAACGGUGCGCUGUGAAUGUUUGUUAAAGGAACGGUCUGUUUAAGUCCAGCCCCAGUUAUAAAUUUACAGGAACUUAACUUUGUGCCAUGUAAACAGCAGCAGCUACAAGGUGGCUAAGAAGUCACUUGCUAGAAGGAUCUAUCAUAUCUAACAGAGGCAUAGAGCGCUGAAUUUUCUGAGGAGGUAUAGUGAGUGUCAUGUGAAGAAACAGAGGGUUUCUGAAUUCUCUCUGGGUUGCCCCAGAAAACGAAGAUGAAAGCUUCGGUGGAAGAGGACGGCUGCACGCUCUGAAUUUUCUGGCAUGGAUCUGUAUGAGGAUUACAAAUCACCCUUUGAUUUCAAUGCUGGGGUGAACCGAAACUAUCUUUACCUGUCGCCUAGCAUAAACCUUUCUCCACCUGGAUCACCUACACUGGCAAAGUCUGGGCUGCUGAGAAGCGACUCUAUACCCGAGGUUGGAGAGGAUGCUGCUGCUACAGUUGGUAUGGCAGAAACACUCUCAGAAGAAGAACAGGAUGAGCUAAGAAAAGAGCUUGCUAAGGUGGAGGAGGAAAUCCAGACGCUCUCACAAGUGCUAGCUGCCAAAGAGAAGCAUCUAGCAGAAAUCAAGAGAAAGCUGGGAAUUAACUCAUUACAGGAACUAAGGCAGAACAUUACCAAAAGCUGGCAAGAUGUUACAUCAACCACAGCAUACAAGAAAACAUCAGAAACCCUGUCUCAGGCUGGUCAGAAGGCUUCUGCUGCUUUUUCAUCUGUUGGUUCAGUCAUAACCAAGAAGUUUGAAGAUGUCAGAAAUUCUCCUACGUUCAAAUCCUUUGAGGAAAAAGUUGAAAGCUUAAAGUCUAAAGUUGGAGGAAGCAAACCUGCUGGAGGAGACUUCGGAGAAGUUCUCAACUCUGCUGCCAAUGCCAGUGCCACAGAAACUAUUGCAGAACAGACACAGGAGGAGACCCACUGAGAUUCCUGCUUCUGUCCUGCUACCCACUGCCAGAUGCUGCAAGGAAAAACUAAGCACACUUGUAACAUUCUCCGCGCUCUUUCCACCAGAUGUGCUUUUAUUUAGCACGUAGCUAUUUUACCAGAUUAACUGAUACCAAGCUUGUUUGUGGGUUCAAGAUAUUUUUGAAACUAAAAUACGUUGUUUGGGGUUUUGUGCGGGAAGGGGAAUUUUUAUGCCUUUCAAGCAUUUAAAGGACUUAUCUGUAAUUUGAAGGCAACCUUUAAAAUAUAGCAAUGAAAAAAAACUCUUUUGAGAAGUUAAUUAUACUGUACAUAUACUGUGGAUACAUAAUUUCUUUUGAAUCUGUAACUACUGCUCAACUUAAUCAUUAUGAAUCUACUGCUGCUGCCAAACCGAAGCUUGUUCCUUCACUCCCUUGUGAUUAUUUCAGUUCAGUGUUGCCUGCACGGGCCACUGGACUAAGAGGAUCACUCCCAGCUAAAGAAAGGACUUGUGCUUCCGCAGGCUUUAAACAAGUUAUUCAUAGCAGGAUGACACAUGGGUAGGAGCAUACUGUCUUGCAAGUGUGUUCCUCAUACAACAGAUGCAGAUAGGGCAACACGUAACAUCUAAAACUUACAGAUUUGCCUGUGGAUUAUCCACCUAGGAAACUUCUGACCAUUGCAAAUGGAAGCAAGAUGUCCAGUAGUGCUGGUUUGGUUCAGUUACAAUAGUGUUUUCAGUCUUGUUUUUUGUAUGUGAUGUUAAUGUGGUAAGAUACUCUUGAUCAGUUGUGAAUAGAUUCAUCUUAAUUCACACAUGGUGGUGUCACAUUUACACUAACACAGCAUGGACUGUAAGAAUAAGCCUGAGCACGAAAGUGCUUCUUUUCUAGGCAUCAAGAGCAUUGCUCCCAAAUGCUAAGGUUGUUUCCUUUGUAGGCUGACCAUCAAAAACAUCUGCUACACUGUAUUAUUUCUUUACUUGUUAAAGGCCUGUACCACUAGCACCCCUAUUCCUGUUUAAGACCCCAGAAAUCUGUUUCGAGAGGUGUCAUACCGCAGCAUAGCUCUCUUAUGAGAUCUGCUCUCCUACAUGUUGCUUUAUCUGAUGUACUCUUCGAACUUCUUGUAUUUUAUGUUUCUGGCACAUGGUGUUGGUAUGGUUCAAACUUUUGGCAAGUGUUUUAUCACUGUGCUUAGAACUGGAAACAAGUUUUGAAACAUUUGUGUGAAAUCCAUGAAACUUCAACCACCACAGAUGUCUGGAGGAAGAAAAAAAAGCUGGUUCCAGACAACCUUGUUAGCAUGUCAGAUGUAGUAUAUAUGCUUAAUUAAAUGUGAAAAGCUUAAUAAAAACCUGUAUGUGAGGAA